UCUACAAUCUUCAACCAGUUCUGCCGCUCCACCGCUCCAAUCAAGUGCCAUUUUCUUGAUUCCGCAGGCAUGGGGCGUCAGGUAGGUAACAAUAAGUCGUCCGUAUCGUUCGGAGCUGUCUUCGCCGGCCUCUUCUUCGCAGUGGCUCUGUAUUGUGCUACUGAUCCAUUCAAGCACAGUGCAAUCGCUGAUUUCCCGGACUUUGAGACCUAUUAUGUGGAAUUGCCUUCGUGGUCUCAAAUACCGACGGAGAGAGAUAGCUCUAACUUGUUGCAGAAGUCGAAAAUCAUGUUUAAGGAUGAAGUUCAGGGCCCUGAGAGUGUGUCUUUCGAUCCUCAAGGGCGCGGACCCUAUACUGGUGUAGCUGAUGGUGGAGUGUUGUUCUGGAAUGGGGAAUCCUGGACUGAUUUUGCUUCUACUUCGUCUAAUAGGUCGGAGAUUUGUGAUCCUAAACCAUCAAUUUUGAGUUAUUCCAAGAAUGAACAUAUAUGUGGCCGCCCUUUAGGUCUCCGAUUCGACGAGAAAACAGGCCAUUUAUACAUUGCAGAUGCAUACUUUGGGCUGAUGAAAGUAGGACCUGAAGGAGGCUUGGCAACAUCUGUUUCAACUGAAGCAGAAGGGGUGCCUUUCAAAUUCACCAACGAUCUAGAUGUUGAUGACGAAGGGAAUGUGUACUUUACUGAUACCAGCACCAACGAUCUAGCUAGCUUGGAAGCUGAAUAUCCGAGACUGAGGAAAUUUCUACUCAAGCUUCCAAUAUCAGCAAAAUUCCAGUUCCUGCUUCACAUUGGGGGACGGCCUCAUGGAGUGGUUGUGAAGUACAGCCCACAAGGGAAGCUUUUGCAGAUAUUAGAGGAUAGCGAGGGAAAGGUUGUCAAAGCAGCAAGUGAAGUCGAGGAAAAAGAUGGAAAACUGUGGAUUGGAAGUGUUUUAAUGUCUUUUGUUGCAGUUUAUGACUUGCAUUAGUUUUUUUUUUCAUUUUUUUUUUUUUUUUUUUUUUUUUUUCUUUAGGCAGUUUAUUAGGAUAAGUUAGCUAUUUACGU